AUACUGUGCCUUGCUUUUCACCACCUGAAUUAUCCUUCUCUCGUUGCCGCCGACGAUGAGCAGCUCGUCUGAGGCCGGUCCUAGUCAGGCUAAGCCAGAAUACCCCCAGGACCUGGUCGCUAUUUUCCAUGCGUCUUUCCAUCCAACGAAAGGGAAUUUGAUAGAUUGGAGCCUCAAGGCUAGCGAUGACAUCAAGCUGGACAACCUCGAGUUCAGCGCCCUUCCCAGCGGGCUGCACCUGGUGGAGCAGGACGUCGUUUACUUCACCAAGGACGGCCACCACGGCGUGUGCGCUUUCCGACGUCGGCGAACCACGGAACACGGGCACCGUGGUUUCCGCCUAUCCUCCGUCGGCAUCCUCCUCGCAAAGUCCAGACGACCACGCCCAUGGAUGCACACGUCCGCGCUCAAGGACCUCACCACGAUGAUAUACGCGCGCUUGGAAGCAUCCGGCGUUCUCGAACCCGCAGACGGUGAUUGGGAGGCAGCGCGUACCUUCUUCGAAGCCCGCAGAGUGCGGGAACCCACAUUGGGCGGCGCAGGCGACUGGAACGGCUGGGUCGCCGACCUCGAGGAUCCCCCGACCAGCGACGGCUUCGUCAACCCCGACCCCUCCUCACAGCCGCCAGUCCUCCACCUCCCCCACUUGCUGCGCAUCCUUGGGCCGACUGCGCUCACGCUGUACAAGCACAUCCUCGGCCGCAGGCGGAUCAUGGUCUACACACUGCCUCCCGUCGAGGCGGCGUGUAUUCUAUGUCAAGUCGCCAGUGAUCUGUGCUUAGAAGCGCAGCUGGAAGGUCCUGAUGCGCCCGGUACAUCAUCGCAGUCCCGCAGACUCAAGGGCAAGUCGAAGGAUGCUAUCACCGCCUUGGGCAUGGUCACCUUGUCCGACUUGGAUCGCCUGGACAAGGAAAGCCAGUCGGGUCGGGGAUGGAUCGCGUGUACUACUGAUGCGCUCUUCCUCGAGAAGCCUGCCUACUACGAUCUCCUCAUCGACCUUACAACUUCCACUCCCGACAAGGCCUCGCGCCCAACGUUCUAUUCCUCGCGCACGCAAGAAGGCAGCAGUCGCUCUCCUCCAAAGCUAUCCGUCAUCCGCUUCGCAUGGAGCGACGUUAAGCUAUGGAACGAGCUCAACCGUAUUCUCGCACUCGACAACUCGGCAUCGCACCACUCGGGCUGCCACUGCGCGCCCUCCUCCCCUCCAGGCGGUGCGCCCGGAGCAGACAAGCCCCGCAUAGUGAACGCCUUCACCGAUGUGUGGCGCGUGUACGAAGACGUAUGCGUCGUGUGCGCCGGGCUUUGGAUGGGCGGCUGGCGCAACAACUCGCAGGCGUCGUACACGGGCGACAUGCGCCAAUGGGGUGCGGUGCGCCUCGAGGGUGAUGACGAUCUCACGCUCGGGACCGUUGCGGGCGCGUACGUCCGCAACCGCGGCAUGGGCAUCGAGGGCACCCCCACGAGUCCAUCGCCGUCCUCCUCCGGCUUCCCCAAGGAGCGCGCCGCCUCCAGCUCGGGGCGCGAGCGCAUGUCGGGUCUCCUGCGCUCACCAGGGAAGGCAAAGGCGCGCGCGUCGGCGGGCGUCGGGCCUGCGGACUUCGAAGAGGAGGUCGACCGCCGGGACGCACAAAUGCGGACGACGCUCGCCUUGCUGCAGACCUUCCACGCGCACACGCUGUUCCAGCUGUCCGUUCUGCAGUCCUUCCUGCCCACGGGCAUCGGGAGCGGUACGGCGGUCGUGAACCUCACGCCGAGGGACCUGUCGGCUUUUGAGCUGGGCCCUUGGAGCUCGAGCGACGCGCGCUAUGUGACCUGGCUGGGCGAGGAGUACGGCGGGCAGACGCGGGUGGUGGUCAAGAAGACCUGGAAAGACAUCUUCGGGAUCUUCCUCGGUUAUUAAGGCUUCACCUAUCCUUGCCUGGGUGAGCAUUCGCUUUCGAUGUGGAUGAGCGGUUGGAGGAUUUUGUGGGCAGCCGGAGGACUCUUGGACGAGCGGAGGAACUUUGGAACGAGCUACAAGUCGCGGACGGGCGGAUGGUGGAGAAGGAAGAACAAGACGAUGUACACUUCACUUAUGCGGACGGUAAAACCCAGGUAUCUUUAUUGCGUUGUAUACCAGACUUUCCUCUCCUGUAUUUAUUGGCAUAUUUUGCCUGGGAGACGCUAUCAGUAGUGGCGCUACCUUACGGAGUCGCUAUACUACCAAAUAGUAGGAUGCGUAGCUUAUCCCAGGACGAUACCAGAGAGUUUUCUGUACAUGCUGUAAUCCAUGCAUAUGUUGCUGUGAUGGGAGCGAGGCAGCUCGAGCAUUG